AUGUUGAGACGAUUACAUUCCACUUUCAGAACAUCAACCACAUUCACAACCAAUGUUCACUCAUCCAGCCAUUGGUUAUACUAUACUCAACGUAGUACACCAGGUCCUAUCACAUGUUCAGAUUCACUUGAAAAACUCCAAAUAGAAAUCACAACUGUGGGUAGAAUAACAAUUUCUAAAUCUUGUAAAAUAAACAUCGAUAACUCCAUGUUUAUAGCAGAGAGUAAAUUCAAUAGAAAUGUUAAAUUAGAUAUUAUAUCAAACAAUGUUAGAAACAUAACUCAACCUGAAAUUACAGAAAACCGUAUGGGAAUAGUACCUCAGAACCUCACAAGCACGAUGUGCAUAAAAAAUUUAAAUAUUCUUGCCAGCAAAGCAGUAGAAUUAAGUAAACUUAUAGAUGUACUACCAAAUUCAUUGUUCAUCCUAAAAAUAGAAUUUCAAUCAACAAUGGCGGACUUAGAAGACCAAUUGUCAAGAGGCUGUAUUGAUUUAACAUCCGAAAAUAACACACAAAGUAAUGAAGAUAUAGCUGCUUAUAAUUUAUCUUACAAUGAAGAGACCGAAACUGAUAGUAGAUCUAUCUACGUUGGUAAUGUCGACUAUGCAGGAUCAGCAGAAGAAUUGGAGAAUCAUUUUCGUGAUUUUGGCCCAAUAUAUAAGGUUACUAUGGUGUAUAACAAAUUUAAUGGUCGUCCAAAAGGAUUUGCAUUUAUUGAAUUUGCUGACAUGUAUUCUGUAGCGAUAGCCGUGACGAUGAAUAUAUCUGUAUUCAGAGGUCGUCAUAUUAAAGUUUACCCAAAAAGAACGAAUAAACCUGGGAUAAGCAUUACAGAUCGUCCAGUACCAUUCAGGUAUAGAGCUGCGUUCCGAGAUCACUCAAUGGCAAGUUUUGGUGCACAGUCAUCAUUUUAUGGUGGUCACAGACCCUCGUGUAGAUCAAGAGGUGGUUAUUCCCAAAGAUCACAGUAUUAUCCUUACUGA